AUGCACAGUAUCACCUCAACAGCUUCUGCUAUGGAAGAUAUCGCUCGAGGGGUUCGUUCUCUUUAUCCCGAUAUCUAUGUUGUUUCAAUCGAAAUCGGAAAUGGAAAAGUUGAUUCAUAUCUUCUUCCAUUAGAUGUUCAAGUUGAAAAAUUUUGUGAAUCAAUCGAUUCGAAUCCACGACUUCGUGAAGGUUUCAAUCUUCUCGGUUAUUCUCAAGGUAGUAUCAUCGCUCGUGGUGCUGUUGAAUGUUGUUCGUUGCCUGUCUAUAAUCUCAUAACUCUAAGUGAUAUUCAUCAAGGUGUUUUCGGUGUUCCUUAUCUUCUNNAGUUUUUAGAGAAAAAGAAAAUUAACGAAGAAAAGUUUCAUUUUCAUUUAAUUGAAACGAAAAUUGUUGAAAUCGAAGAAAAAUUAAUUUUGAGGAAAUGGAAACAAAAUGGAUCGACAAUUUGUGGAGGAAAUAGAAAAGGAGACAAAUUAAAUCAACUUUCAUGUCCUUUUGGAAUAUUUACCGAUAAGCAUCAAAAUAUUUUCAUUGCGGAUGUGGGGAAUGAUCGAAUUGUUCGAUGGGAAAGAAAUGAAAAUCAAGGAACAAUUGUGGCUGGUGGAAAUGGAAGAGGAAACAGUUUGAAUCAAUUGGAUCGACCAACAGAUGUGAUUUUUGAUGAACAAAAUAAUUCAAUCAUCAUUUCGGAUUGUGGAAAUCGAAGAGUAAUGCGAUGGUUUUUGAACAGAAAUCAGUCAGAGAUUCUCAUUCACAAUAUUAGGUGUUCUCGGUUAACAAUGGAUAAAUUUGGAUUUGUCUAUGUUUCUGAAUAUGAAAAACAUGAAGAGAUCAACUCAAUCAGUUCAACGUUCCAACUUUUCUGUUUGUCGAUGACGAACAAUCUCUUUGUUUCGGAUUGGGGAAAUCAUCGUGUGAUGAAAUGGAGAAAAGAUGCGCAGGAGGGAAUUGUUGUUGCUGGCGGAAAUGGAUGCGGAAAGAAUCUAAAUCAAUUAAAUCAUCCUCGAGGAAUCAUUGUUGAUCAUGAGGGUCGAAUUUAUGUUGCAGAUUGUGCGAAUCAUCGAAUAAUGCGAUGGUGUGAAGGGGAUGAAGAAGGUGAAAUAAUUGUUGGUGGAAAUGGAGAAGGAAGUAAACCUAAUCAAUUGUUUGGUCCUUGUGGUUUAUCAUUUGAUGGUGAAGGAAAUCUUUAUGUUGGUGAUUGCGGAAAUCAUCGAAUUCUACGAUUUGAUUUCAUAAUUUGA